AGAUUACUCCAUGGACUACUCCAACUUCCAACUACUCCGUGGUCUUCGAAUUCCGAGUGCUCCGACGCUCUGAUCGUCGUGAAACAGGUUCGAUUUUGUUGAUUUUGAUGGUACGGUUAACCGUUCACGAGUUCAUCAGUUCAUCACGACGAUGGAAGACGAAAUAGAUGACGAGUUGCUUCAGUGUCUCGAGGAGAAAAUCGCCAGUGGCCACAGCAUGGUCGAGAGGUUGAAACUUAUGGACAAGAUCGACGGGAUUGAUAAACUGAUACGGAAGAUUCAGCAAGAGAUAAAAUUUUUGGAGAAGGUACAAUGUACAGGAAAUUUAAAGAAGAAACAUCUCCAGAGCUCGAAUCUGACUCAUCUCGAUGCUAUGGUGGCUCGACUAUCAUGUGCAAAGGAUCCCAUCAGCGUAAUGAGACCCUUCAAAUAUCAAAAAUCACGUCUGGAGAUUGAUAUAGUAUGUAAUAGUGGCGCUUCGUGGGUGAAGAUUAUAGCAAGAAACGCUAGAGCAUUAACUCUGAUAUCUCUCGGCAAUGGAGAAUACGGACAGAAAUCUGUUUUGGACCAAGCCAAUUCGUACCUUGUAUGUAGCAAGUGUCAUCUCCAUCACUAUAGACCUCCAGAUGUGAUAUUUCAUUUUGCUUACGGCGUAGAGGUUCCACUGGCUUUGCAAUUAGAGCAAAUGGGCAUCACAGUGGAAGGAGAUAGAAUAGAUACAAACAAUGAAAACUUGAACAAACAAGAUGAACUGGAUUUGUCCAAAGGAUCUACAAGCGAUUCCGAAAAGGAUUUAAAUAUGGAUUUGCGAUCAUUAAAUACAUCUGUUCUAUCAACUCAGAACUCAGAAAUCAGACUCCUGAAUCUCGAUGUGUCGGCGCUUUUGGCUUACGUUACGAAUAUGGCUAAUGGAUAUAAUAAUUAUGUUUAUCGGGAGCCAUUACUUAUGCAACAAGCAGAAAUGGAAAGGAAACGUCCCAUAAAACCGAUUCUAGAAAAUUUGUUUCGGGACAAAGAACUUAUAAUCUGCCGGACAGCAUAUAAUAAUUUUAUGAAUAUUAUCGAUGUUAUCGGUGGUCCGAAUGAAACGCAGCGUGCUCAAGAAUUGUUAAAGAAAGUCCGAAUCGUUGACGAUGUCACUACUGGACGAAUUAUGGAACUUCGCUUAGGCGGUAAAAUUAAAGGUCGAUCGCGACUGAUUUUUGCAACGGGCGAAAGUAUGAAAAGUAUUACAGUUUCUGCUAAUGAAGGAUUUGUAAGAGCGGCGCGCAUGCAGGGCAUUGAGUGUACAGUUUUCUUACAUGAGCCACGAUCUCUAUCAGAAGUUAAAGAAAAUAAUGCAACACAUAUAGAGCAAUCUUGAUAUUAUUCCAAAUAUCUAGGCAAUC